UCCUGGUUUUAGAAGAUCGGGGAGAGAGAGACUCGAUCGCGAGGAAUAACCGGACCCAACCCAGGAAGUGGUGUCUCAAGCAGAAAAACAUAGGGCUAAGGUUUUAGUGCAGCAAUAAAUAUCAAAAUGAUUCUUUUGGACAUAAAAAACAAAAUUAUUGAAGAAGCAUUGUCUCACAAAUUCAAGACUGCAAAAGAUGGAGGAAAACCUGAGAGUAUUGAUAUGCAAAUAGCAGAUUUUGACGGUGUUCUUUACCAUAUUUCUAAUCCUAAUGGUGAUAAAAGCAAAAUAAGUGUCAGCAUUUCCCUCAAGUUCUUCAGUGAACUGACACAAUAUGGAGCAAAUGAGCUUUUAGAAGGUGUGUACAAACAGUGGAAAACAAGUACAGAAGAAGGUUUUGACUUCACGAUCCUAUUUGAUCUGGACAACCUUCCAAGCGAUACCAAUGAUGCUGUCGCAAAAGCUUCACUCUUAAAACGUAACUGUUUCGCUGCAGUUUUUGAGACAUAUUUUGAUGCCCAACAAAAGGAGAAACGUGUACAACGAGCCGUAAUUCAUUACAGAGAUGAUGAAACAAUGUAUGUUGAUGCCAGAAAGGACAGGGUGACCGUGGUUUUCAGCACAGUCUUCAAGGAUUCUGUUGAUGUUAUCUUUGGUAAAGUGUUUAUGCAGGAGUUUAAAGAAGGUCGUAAAGCAAGUCAAACAGCUCCACAAGUUCUGUUCAGUCACAAGGAACCCCCAAAAGAAUUGGAUUCUACUGAUGCAGCUACUGGUGACAAUAUUGGCUACAUUACAUUUGUGCUGGAAUCAAGACAUACUAAUCCAAAAACAAAGGACAACACAAUUGAUUUGAUUCAUACAUUUAGAACUUACUUGCACUACCACAUCAAAUGUUCGAAGGCUUAUAUACACUCUAGAAUGCGUGCUCAGACAUCGCAGUUCCUGAAAGUACUCAACCGGGCUCGCCCAGAAUCGCAGAAUAAGGAGAAGAAGACUAUAACUGGACGAUCUUUUGUUAGGACUUAAACAGAAUUUAUUUCAUCACAUUACCUCCAGCUCUAAGCAUCUCCAGAAUCUUGCACCAGAGAGGCUUCUUCGUACCCAAUGAAAAAUGCAGCAUUGAAUUGAUUUAUGCUAUUUAAAUUUCUUAGAACCACCAUGUGACUAGAAUAAGAAAGUUACAUGGAUAUGCACUGCUUUUUGAAUUGCCUUCUAUUUUGUUUCCAUAAUUGUAGAGAUAUCUCUACUGUGGCAAUUUAAAGCCGGGUACACACUGUAUAUUGAUGUAAGCCUGGUUCUCACAAGAGCCCUAGUAUCCAGAUCGGGAGCUAACUGUUAGUGCUAACCGCUAGCACCUGCGCGAGAACGCCUGAUCGGUUAGCGCUAACCGUUAGCGGUAUCCGGAUACCGCUACCGGUUAGCAAGUUGAGCGUUAACCAAUUAGUUAACCAAUCACACAUACGCGUUUACACUUUCCAGUUUCUUAUUGGCCAG